AUGGAAGAAGAGGCGACCGUUGGGGUCGGCCCGCCCGGGGGUCCUCAGAGUGGUCUGCGUCGACGGGCAGGUCGAGGGAGACGAGGAGGGGGUGUCGCUGGGCAGGCCAGCUGGGCUAGCAGCGUGAUCAAUCUCGUCAAUACCAUUAUCGGUGCCGGAGUACUGGCGAUGCCACUCGCUAUUUCCCACAUGGGAAUCGUCCUCGGGGUCUGCGUGGUCCUGUGGUCGGGGCUGACUGCGGGAUUCGGCCUCUACCUGCAGUCCCGAUGUGCUCAGUAUCUCGACCGGGGCAGCGCCUCGUUCUUUGCGCUGUCGCAGUUAACCUACCCAAAUGCUGCAGUGGUGUUUGACGCCGCAAUUGCGAUCAAAUGCUUUGGUGUCGGCGUGAGUUACCUCAUUAUCAUCGGUGAUCUCAUGCCGGGCGUCGUACAAGGUUUUGUUGGCGGCGAGCCACCCCACGAGUUCCUGGGGGAUCGCCAGUUCUGGGUAACAGCUUUUAUGCUGAUUGUGAUCCCUCUCUCCUACCUGCGUCGACUCGACUCGUUGAAGUAUACUAGUAUUGCGGCAUUGGUGUCGAUGGCCUAUCUGGUGGUCUUGGUCGUCUAUCACUUUGUCCAGGGAGAUACGACAGCUGAUCGGGGCCCGGUCCGUGUAAUCCAUUGGGCAGGCCCCAUCGCGACGCUGAGCAGCCUCCCCGUCAUCGUCUUUGCAUUUACAUGCCACCAGAAUAUGUUUUCCAUUCUUAAUGAAAUUGGCAACAACAGCCACUUCCGCACCACCAGUGUUGUUUUCGCCAGUAUCGGCGGCGCCGCGGCCACCUAUAUACUAGUCGCCAUUACAGGCUACCUCUCGUUUGGGAACAGUGUCGGUGGCAACAUCGUCGGCAUGUAUCCACCCGGCGUGUAUGCGACCAUUGGGCGCGCCGCAAUUGUGAUGCUAGUCGUCUUUUCCUAUCCGCUGCAAUGUCAUCCAUGCCGGGCCUCGGUAGACGCAGUGCUGAAAUGGCGACCACAGCAAAAGCCUAGCGGCAAUGAGGACUCGCCGCACAGACACCCACUGCUGGGCCCACGAGGGAACCGCACCCCGGAACCCAUGUCAGACAUCCGCUUCUCGGUGAUCACCACGACAAUCUUGAUCCUAAGCUACAUUGUCGCCAUGACCGUGUCCUCGCUCGAGGCCGUACUGGCCUAUGUCGGCAGCACGGGCAGCACCAGUAUUAGCUUCAUUCUCCCGGGGCUGUUUUACUACAAGAUCUCCUCGCCAGACUCCCCCACCCACCGCGGCCUAAUGAAGGGGGAUGACGAGCCGGCCGAUGAUCUCUCCGACGAAAACGACAGCACUGAUGAUGACAGCGAGGGCUCUCUCACCCGCUCCCUGACCGACAGCGGCUUACUCCUCCGCCGCACCCGCCACUGGCGCCGCACCCUGCUGCGCCGUUUGAGUCUGGCGCUGGUUGGCUACGGGAUUCUGGUCAUGGUUGUCUGCUUGAUCACGAACACCUUUUUUGUCGCCUCCCACUAA